CCCCCAAUCUGUAACAACUCAUCUGCACCUUGAAUAUCUCAAGCUAUUCCACAUCGACAACAGCGACAGAGAAUGGCAGAUACGCGCACAAUCACUGUUGAAAUUAACACCAAAGAAAUCAUCAAACCAUCUUCCCCAACUCCUCCGCACCUUCGAGUUCUCACGCUAUCUUAUUUCGACCAGUUCGCUCCCGAUUUGUAUCUAUCUUUGGUUCUAUUCUACACUAAAAUUAGAGAUACUCGUGAAACCUCUCAACGCUUGAAAUCAUCCCUAUCUCAAGUUCUCACUGAUUUCUACCCAUUUUCCGGAGGGAAACAAAGAGAACAUCUUUGUUGAAUGCAAUGAUGAAGGGGUUGAUUAUGUUGAAGCUCGAGUCAAUUGCUCUGUCUUUGAGAUUCUUCAACGACCAGAUCACCAUGUACUCGAAAAAUUUCUCCCCACCGGCGCGAAGCUCGUUGCAGCAACUGGAUCUCCCUUGUUGAUUGUUCAAGCUAGCUUCUUUAAUUGCAACGGAUUGGCAAUUAAGAUUUGUCUUUCAC